AUGAAAUUUUUCUUAGUUUUUCUGUUAGUUACUGUGACAUAUUUUGGACAAAAGGAAGUUCAUGGGUUUUUUCCCCCUUUAAAGUGCAAAGAUAAUCAUAUAGUAUUUCACAAUAAACUCCGUCCUGGUAGUAUUCUUGAGAUCAAUUGCCUCGAACCAAGAGUUGCUCGCCCUUAUCUGAGACACUUUCACAGAUUAGGCUUCAACGAAAAUCCAUAUAAAAUUAUUUUAGAAUGGCAGAGUUUAUCCGGAAAGUUUACGGUGAAAUGUAAUCUUAGUCAUGGGCCUAACCAGAAGUUUUAUUAUAAUGAUCUUCAAGCAUAUAGUGAUAAAGCUUCAAGAUGUGGUCAGCUACGUUCAUGGAUUGCCAAAGUUGAUGGCAUUUGGUUUACAGAAAAGUAUGCAAAACCAGAAGGAUGGGUAUUUGGAUGGAAGACAAGGUAA